AGGCGGCCGGGCGCUGGGUUGACGGGGCGCCGCUUCUCCGGCGCCGCCGCCGUCGUCGAGGGGGCGUCCCGAGGAGGAGGCAGGCGAGCGGGAGAGAGCCGCUCUUGCCCGCCGCCACUGGGCACGGACGCCGCGGGCGUUUCAAAGCGGCGGGAAAAGGGCGACGAGCGGCGGCUGGGCGGGCGGGCAGGCAGGCGCGAGGUACGCGGGGCCAUGGGUCGCUGCAGGCGGCGGCUGCUGCCGGGGGGUCCGGCGCUCGCCCUCUUCCUCCUGCUGCUGCCCGCUUGGCUGCUCGGGAGCUGCGCGGAGAAGCUCGGAGAUGGAUGUGGGCCUAUUAUAAUCUAUCAAGACAGUGGAACACUGGCGUCUAAGAACUAUCCGGGGACCUACCCCAACUACACUACCUGUGAGAGGAGAAUUCAGGUGCCUCAGGGGAAACGUCUGAUCUUGAAAAUUGGAGACUUGGAUAUUGAAUCCCAGCAAUGUGAAUCUAACUAUCUUAGCAUCCACAGUUCUACAACAGUGCAUGGACCCUACUGUGGGAAUGUGCCUGUCCCAGAAGAAAUCAUCUUAGAUUCUAAUGAAGCAACCAUUCACUUUGAGAGCAGGUCCCAUGUGUCUGGAAGAGGCUUCCUGUUGUCCUUUGCUAGUAGUGAUCAUCCAGAUCUAAUCACAUGUCUGGAGAGAGCAAACCACCACGUGGAAAAUGAAUUCAGCAGGUACUGUCCAGCUGGUUGCAGAGACAUAGCAGGUGAUAUUUCUGGGAAUAUAGUGGAAGGCUACAGAGAUACUUCCUUAUUGUGCAAAUCUGCCAUACACGCUGGAGUAAUUGCAGACGAACUAGGUGGUCAGAUUAGUGUGAUUAAACUGAAAGGAACAAGCCGGUAUCAAGGAAUCCUAGCCAAUGGCAUCCUUUCUCAGGAUGGCUCUCUGUCAGAUAAGCGGAUUAUUUUUAACUCAAAUGGCUGCAAUCAAUCACUGAACCUAGAAGGACGAAAUGCAUCCGGUGGUCAGAUCACUGCGUCAUCAUUCUGGGAUGAAACCAAUGACAUUGGGGAGGUGGUUCCAUGGUCUCCUGUUAGGGCCUGGCUCCAAGUCCAAGGGCCUUCCUGGGCAGCAAACCAGAGCAACCCUCGGCAGUGGCUAGAAAUUGACCUGGGAGAAAGGAGACGAAUAACAGGAAUUAGAACCACAGGGUCCACAAUGCUCAAUUUUAACUAUUACGUUAAGACGUUUAUUGUCAACUAUAAAAAUAACAACUCAAAAUGGAGGACUUACAAAGGAAUCCUGAGCAAUCAAGAAAAGGUAUUCAAAGCCAACUCUAAUCAUGGAGACAUAGUCCGAAAUAAUUUCAUUCCCCCCAUAGUAGCCCGCUACGUGAGAAUUAUUCCACAGAGCUGGAACAAAAGAAUAGCUCUGAAGGUGGAGCUUAUUGGUUGCCGCAUAAACCAAGUUAACAGCUCCCUUACACAUCCGCUCUGGCAGAGACCAAGUCAAAGCACAGGUGUCUCGGUUAGAAAAGAAGACAGAACCAUCACAGAGCCCAUACCCUCAGAAGAAGACAGCUUAGGACUGAAGCUUACUACUAUAAUCGUUCCAGUAGUAGCGGUGCUUUUGCUGUUCCUGAUAUCUGGAAUUGGUAUCUGUGCUGUUGUACGAAAGAGAGGAAAGAAAGGAGGUGCUUAUGGCUCAUACAAGACUGGAAAACCAGGACUUGAACUUCUAGGUUUCUGGAAACAAAUCAAACAACCCUUUGUCAGACAUCAGUCUACUGAAUUCACCAUCAGUUAUAAUAAUGAAAAGGAUACGCCACAAAAGCUAGAUCUCGUCACAAGAGAGAUGGCAGAUUAUCAACAGCCUCUCAUGAUAGGAACUGGGACAGUAACCCGAAAGGGAUCCACUUUCAGACCCAUGGAUACAGAGAAUGAGAAAAAAGGUAGCACCGAGACUGGGAACCAUUACCAUUGCCCACAGAGAGCAAAUCGGCAUGAUUAUGCACUGCCUUUGACCAACCACGAGCCUGAAUACGCCACUCCUAUUAUAGAGCGACACGUAGGAAGAGAAAACACUUUUCCUUCAGAGAGCUGCUAUAACAUUCCUACUGCUGCUGCUGCACAUAAAUGUCCCCUUUCCACAGGCACUUUCACUGCCUUGUGCCAGACUGAAACGGGGAGUGAAGAUUAUCAAACACCGCAAAGUCAGAAGGAGUAUGAUAAGCCAAAAAUGAAAGCCUUGCCCACACUUGACUACAAUACUGGCUAUCAGAAGCCCCAAACCAGUUUAUUGACAGAUGAGGGCUAUUCGACACCCAGAUACUGCCUAAAACCAGUAAAUCAGACUGCAAUGACUGCUCUCCUGUAACCUUAAGGACCAGCGGAAACUCACUGCCCUAAUGUUUAAAGCACUGGAUUAGAUUCAGAGCAAAACAAAAUUUGCUCUUGGCUGAGGAGUGAAAGUUGUUUGUUGCUGCCUUUGUGGUAAAGUCUUCAGGCAGUCGAUUCUCUGCAGCUGUGAUAUUGGUGCUACACUCUAACAUUGUGCAAUGUGUACAUACAUUUUUAAUUUAAUAAAAAUAACUUAAACUUUUAGUCCGUUUUGUCCUGUGUGGGCUGGGGGCUGUCAGUGAGAAGAACAGGUCGCUGCACUGAUUUCUAGACAAGGUGGGACAGUGUCCUAACAAAACAAAGCACGGCGUUGGGUUGUUUUCCUGUUGGUAGUUGUGCUAACUAGUUCUGGCAUGUUACACAGAAGUGGGAGCUAAUUAAAUUUAAAAGCUAAUUUCCUCGGGUCAUGCUGCAGAACCCCCUGCUUUGAACAGUUUUAACUGUGUGGAUAAAUCCGUACUUGUUCUGGGCAAAAUAAUUUUUUGAAAAAAUGAGGGAUGGUGCAUGGUAUUGUGAUGAGAAGUGAUGCUAGUCAAUUACCACUGAGAAAUAGCGGGCUCUUCUGUUUCAUGGAUUUAACUGUGCCUGUAAAUGGUCCAUUCUUUAGCCCCAGAUUAGGACAAGGGAAAAUACCAGGACUAGAACACAGAGCUCAGUCUCUGCCACAGCCCUAAAUAUGCACCUCUUCUCCACCAUAAAUUGCUAAUACAAAAACGGCAUAGUUGAGAUCAGGCAGCCAGUAGGUUUCUAGAAGUAAUUUUUCAAACUCCCCUCUAGUUUCAUAAUAGCAUCUUCUGAAGAAUUUCUAGGCUAGCAGUACAUAUACUGCCCACUCUGCAGUAAGCCCCACCACAUACUGUGGAUAUUAUAGUAGCACACACAACCUAAGCCUAGCAGUAGUAGUUUGCUUUGGGUCUGCCAUCUCAUUAAAAAAGGGCUCUGCAAGUUGCAUUUGGAAAUAUCUUUUGCUAGUUUACUCGCAGAUGCUUAGAUAUUUCAAAUGCAUUGUUCACAGGCUCCUUGUGGCAGCUUUGUGUUAAAAAGGUUUUUUGUGACUUUGUCUUAAGGGUUUCUUUAUUUAAAAAAAAGGCAGGAAAAAUGAACUGGAAUAGCUGUAAGGAUCUCUGCUAUACUGUUAUACUGACUUCCCCAACUGGUUCUCAGGACUUUCCCCAGGCCACCACCCACUUCCCAAGCCACAUACCUUGCUCUGUGCCCUUUUCCCGUGCUUUCACCUGGCUGGAAUGAGUCCUUGAGCUCUGAUGAUGCUUCAUUCUUGCUUAGAUGGGGGAUGGAGAGAUGUGUGUAGCCCACUGGACAAAAUUAAGAGUUCUGUCUGCUGCCUCGCCCCCUUUUUCCUCUGGCCCUGCCCACUACUGGUAUGCAACCCAUGGAAGGUUGCUAAGGACAGCAGGUAGCCCUCAGGUUCCCCCAUCCCUCACCUGGCCCCUUCCUGUCUUUCCUAGCUCUGUUGUCCAAGAUUCUCUAGGGACCAGUUCAUGCAUAUCUUUCCUACAAAGCUGCCAAGUGUACAGCUGAUGGAACAGACCCUUGCAUAAUUUUCACACAUUAUGGUAUUCCUAUCCCUUUUGCAUAUUUUUCUUCCCCUACAGCAGUACACUUCUCUGCUGGGAGAAAUACUCUGCUAGGGUGAAGCAGCCCCCCUAAGUGGAUAGGUCAAGGAUUGAAUCUAGAACCUUGUACAUGGAAAGCAUUUGCUUUUUCAUUUACAUUGUGGCCCCUGACUUCCUUCCUGUGCAGUCGAGGAACCAUGUGUUUUCUGGGAGCCAGGCUUUCAAAUAAAAUGUAAUGCCAAGGCUUUCAGCUCUCUUGAUAAGAUCACUCCUUCUACUGAGUGCAAAUCCUGGUAUUGCAAUAGCAGGGUUUCUGGUACAGCUGGCCUUGGCAGAGUCCUAGUCAAAGCAAAGCUAGGGAGGCAGAUAAGAGAAGACUGCAGCCAAAACAGCUUGGCUGAGAGCAGGCAUUAGAGGUUGUGGUGAGACUCCUAACCAUGUG